UGCUGAGUGAAUCAUAUUUAUGCUCUCAUUUUGGCAUGUGUUUUGAUAAUGCACUCUUGGUUCUAAAGUGAUAUUACAACAAUACUAUUCGGCCUAUCCCUGGGAGAUUGUUUUUCUUCGAGGCUAAUCAUCAUCAGCUAUAAGUACUUGAACAUAAGAUUUCUGUGAUUAGUUUUACUUUGUCCCAAAUAUACAGCAAUAGCCUAUCCCAUCUCAUUAUAUUGGCAGCAAACCCUGCAGUGUUCUCCAUCCAAAAUGGCUGCGGAGGAGGAGAGCAAUAGCAGAGCUCCAUGUCUCAAUUUCUCCAGUCCGGGACCGCUGGGUAAUGCUCAGCCGAGCAACAACGCCCAUUCCUCGCCCGCUACAAAUGAGGGGUCAGCGGGUGCAACUGUCGGGGCACCACGGACAGCGGGACACUCAAACCCUCAACCAGGCCCUGACCGUGGCGGUGGCACCGAUGUCAGAGUAGAGCAUUCCCCGAAUAGGCAACACACUACGCCACAGUCAGCGGGUCCGAGUGCCACGGCUGCCCGGGCACCGACAGUCGCAGGAGGAGCUGCGACAAACAUGACAGCAUCCUCCGUGGAGUCCCCGAACAUUCCAUCCUCACUUCCCAGUAGCCCUGCAUCUGCGGCCGUAUUGGUUUAUCGGGAGCCAGUGUACAAUUGGCAGGCCACAAAAAACACCGUGAAAGAAAGGUUUGCGUUUCUGUUCAACAACGAGGUGCUGAGUGACGUGCAUUUUCUGGUGGGGAAGGGAAUGGGAGUGCAGCGGAUACCAGCACACAGAUUUGCCCUUGCCGUAGGAAGUGCAGUAUUCGAUGCCAUGUUCAAUGGCGGUAUGGCCACCACCUCUACUGAGAUCGAGCUGCCUGACGUGGAGCCGGCUGCAUUCCUUGCCCUGCUCAAGUUCCUGUACUCAGAUGAGGUGCAGAUAGGACCCGAGACUGUGAUGACCACACUGUACACAGCCAAGAAGUAUGCAGUGCCGGCCCUAGAGGCCCACUGUGUGGAGUUCCUCAAGAAGAAUCUACGUGCUGACAAUGCCUUCAUGUUGCUCACUCAGGCGCGGCUCUUUGACGAACCUCAGCUGGCCAGCCUCUGUCUGGAGAACAUCGACAAGAACACUGUGGAUGCACUCGCUGCUGAGGGCUUCACUGAUAUUGAUCUAGACACGCUGGUGGCGGUGCUGGAGAGGGACACUCUGGGGGUGCGGGAGGUACGUCUGUUUGGGGCUGCGGUGCGCUGGGCGGAGGCAGAAACGCAGAGGCAGCAGUACCAGCCCACUCCGGAGAACAAGCGCAAAGUGCUGGGCAAAGCCCUGGUCCUUAUCCGCUUCCCUCUCAUGACCAUCGAGGAAUUUGCUGCAGGUCCAGCCCAGUCUGGUAUUCUUAGUGACCAGGAGGUGGUGAGCCUGUUCCUUCACUUCACGGUGAACCCCAAGCCUCACGUGGAGUUCAUCGACCGGCCUCGCUGCUGCCUGCGGGGGAAGGAGUGCAGCAUCACACGCUUCGGACAGGUGGAGAGCCGCUGGGGCUACAGCGGGACCAGUGACUGUAUCCGGUUUUCAGUGAAUCGGAGGAUAUUUGUGGUUGGAUUUGGCCUCUAUGGUUCGAUACAUGGUCCGACAGACUACCAAGUCAAUAUACAGGUCAUUCACACAGACAGCAACACUGUCCUGGGUCAGAACGACACAGGCUUCAGCUGCGACGGUUCCUCCAACACAUUCCGGGUCAUGUUUAAGGAACCAGUGGAGAUCCUGCCCAGUGUCAACUACAUCGCGUGUGCCACCCUCAAGGGACCAGACUCGCACUAUGGCACCAAAGGAAUGCGUAAAGUGACCCACGAAGCCCCUGCCACCGGCACCAAGACCUGCUUCACCUUCUGCUAUGCUGCAGGAAACAACAACGGCACUUCAGUAGAGGACGGACAGAUCCCUGAGGUCAUCUUCUACACAUAAUGAAUCUCCUCUGACCUCCAAACCAAGGACGGACUAUAUGUGGGUCCCAAAUGACACCUUAUUGCCCAUAUAGUGCAAAGUAAUACUUCAGGCAAUAGUACAGCGCCUCUAUUCCUCAUUAGUCUUUACUACUACUACUACACAUCAAAGGGUUGUCCUCUAAAGCUGGUUACACAGGCAGACUAAUUCAAUAUUUUUUUCCACUAAUUGGUCUUUUGACCAAUCAGAUCAUCGUGAUUGUUCAUAAGAGCUAGUGGAAUAUCAGAAUUGUGUAAAAUCAGCCUAUGAAUGGUAAGCCUAACCAGGACCUGGUUGUUACAAACUUCUGAUAUUCAUGUUGGAUCUUUGUGCAUACAGUAUUGAAUGGGUAAUUGUUUUGGAAGUGGACUUCAGUUCAGUGUUUCCACCAAUAAGCACACUUUUGUAGCCCUGGAUAAGCACACCUGAUUCAACUUGUCAACUAAUCAAGCCCCUGAGUUGGUGAGUUUUUGUCGAGGGCUACAACAAAGUGUUAGGGAUACCCAAGGACUGGAGUUGGGAAAUGCUGCUUUAGUGGUUGUGUCCAUCGUUCCUGUCUAUACUUAUUUCCUUCACAUCAGUCAUGUCAGGUAAUUAACAGAUGAGAAAUCUGGGGAAAAAGUCUACCUAUACCUCAGUGAAAGAAGUCCCCAAAUGGUUGUUAGGUUUAAUCUUAACCGCUUCCAAAUGGCUGUGUAGAAUUGUGAAAGCGCAGAAAUUGAAUUUUUCAAUUGAUAAAAUGAUUUAGUUGCACUGAUGCACUUUGACAGGAAACAGACAAUUAAACCUUGCCUGCAAAUUCACUAUAUUAUAAAAUGGAGUAAUCCCUGAAAUAAAUUGAAAUUCAAUACAUUUCAGGAACUGUUGGCCUACCUGGUGAAUCAAACAUGUUACUCUCAGUAUAGUGAACCAAAAUUGGAAUAGAUGAAAAUGAACAAUUGUCAUUUAAUGUAUGGUGAAUUGACCACUGCUUUACAGUUAGCUUAGACCUGUAAAUAGUAAAAUAAAGCAAGGGUCUUGUUA